AUGAAGGAAGAGUCUCAUGCUGAGCAGCUUAUUCUGUUCGAAGGGGAAAAUGACGUGAACAGCCAGAACUUCUGCUACGACUACAAAGAAGAGACUCCUAGGAGAAGGCUUCCCAAGGAGAAGAAUCAUAAAAAUUUAGGCAGCCCAAACGGGAUGAGCAAAUGGGCAUGCGGGGAGAAAGCUCCCUUUAACUUGGCAAUUUGGGAAAUAAAUCCCAGAUGCAGUUCACGCUUCGCAGAGCUGUUGAAUUUUUUCCUUUCCCUCUACCUUCUGCAAAGCGAUUUGGAGAUGAUCGGGAAGCACAACUUGGAGGAUUUUUUAAAGAGUGAAGACCAGAGGUGGAGCCACAAAGUCCCUAUGCUGUGGCUGCACGAUUGUACGGCGGCCUAUUCCACGUCAGAAAAACGGUAG